AUGAUAUGGGAAUGGGAGAAGAGGGUUUUGGUGGCUGAUCAGAGGUGGUUCGGGGGCUGCAAUCAAAGCACCUUGACAGUAAAAUCUGGUUUUAUGGUUUUUGAAGUGGCUAGGGUUGAAGAAUUGUUGAAGGGGGCCACUUCUGUGAUUGCAGCUCUUUGCCAGAGCUUCAUACCUCAGUUGCCAAUGAUAUUCUUACUGUUAACCUUAAGGUCUGUUUUGUACUUCAUUUCGGAUUAUUUUACGAGGAGAGGAUCUCAAGGUGAUCUUCGAGACACUACACAUCUCAGACAAAAUCUCUUGAGAGCAGUUUUGGCCCUAUCUAACUCCAAGGAAUGUUCCAGAUUGAAUGAGCAGAUGGUUGUAUUGUUGCCGGCAGCUGUUUAUGCUCUCUGUGCUGGUUGUGCUCCUUUCGCUCAUUCUGACAAAUGGUUUUCUGCAUCAAACCCCUUUUCAGAUGUUCCUGAAGCUGCUGAGGACAGGAUGAAGGCAGAACAUGGGCAUGAGGGUUUGCGCGAAUUUUUUGAAUACUCCGUGGACGUCCUUGCAGAAAUUAGUCCUGGUUCUGGUGAUGAGGUUGCUGAACCCCAAUGCCAUCAGAGUGUACGGCUUCCUCGGCAGUUAAGUGACCCAUUGCUUCAGGAAAUGGAAGCCUACUUUCUUGAAGCUUUUGUGGAUAAGGAUACUGAGAAGAUGCUUCUGUCGGAUGUUAUAUUCACCUGUGCUCUCCUAUCUAACUUUAUUUACGGUUUAGAUAUUACAAGUUCUGCACAUCUGCCUUUUGUUUUUCAAACUUGUCACGUGGUCAAUAGCUCUAGAAUUGAUGAUCUGGGGAACAUAAACAAAAAAGGAAGUAAAACUUUCCUCCCUCGAGAUAGUAGCUGUAUCAGUAACACUAAUGAAGAUGAGCCCUCUGAUAUCUCAGAUAGAUGA